AUGGGCUGGGUAUACAAUGCCACGCCAGAGGUUGAGGCUGCAUCGCAGUAUCACCUCAUUCUUGGGGUAUGUUUGAGUCUAACUCUCUUGAUGGUUUUCACCGUCUCCCUGCGCCUUUACAUUCGAGCGCGAGCGGGUCGAUUAGCAGCCCCAGACUAUGUGAUGGUUGUUAGCAUGAUUUUUAGUAUCAUUUAUAGCGCACUAUGUAUUUCUCGUGAGCCCAACUACCUUCCCCAGCGCAGGAAAUGUCCUUAUUGUCGCAGAAAGUCGAUACGGACUGGGACUUCCCCUGAAACUACGACCAGCAGCAGAUUACUCGACAUAUACCAAGAAGCCAAUUCACAGUUGAACUACGCAGGACGUCCCUUUUACCAGAUCGGCAUUGCAGGAUUUAAGGCUUCUCUCUGCCUCAGCUAUCUGCGACUCAUCUCCGGAACAUCUAAAUCUGUUUAUCGCACGAUCAUAUGGGUUGUGAUCGUCGUAUCCACCUUAGGCCAUAUUGCUGGAGCUCUGGUCCUGAUCUUUAACUGCACACCGGUCCAGCGAGCAUGGAAUGCCCGUGUACCGGGUACAUGUCUUCCAGUGGGAGCAACGUUCUACGGCCUCGCUACCUUCACCAUCAUUGCCGAUGUGACUAUUAUCGUGCUUCCCAUUCCACUCCUUCUCGGGUUGAAAAUCAGAACCGCCCAAAAGGCAGGUGUGGUAUGCCUGUUCCUCCUUGGCCUCUUCACCACAAUGUGCUCUGUAAUGCGACUCACUCAGAUCCAGCGGAUCGCGUUUGGAGACGGGAAUUCGACCAUGCUCGUUCUGUGGGGCACAAUCGAGUUCAACGUGGGAAACAUUAUCACCUGUGCUCCAUAUCUGGCACCUCUGCUCAAGCGCUUCGUUCGCGGAUUGGGUUCGACCAAUGAUAAAAAGACACGGUACAUGUAUUACUAUGGAAGCCGUGCAAGGGCGUAUGGGAUGGACAACUUGUCCAAAGAUCCACAUUGUCACUUACAGGUAACUGCUUCCGGUCCAGCAAUGCCUAGACGCACAGGAAGCGAGGAACGCAUACUAGCCCGUCCAGAACCCGAUCACGGAGGAAUCGAGAUGACGGUGGAGUAUAGUGUCUCCUUAGAGGGCGGGCCCACCAAGUAG